UCACUCCUCCUCUACAGAACAGUCGCUAGACACAUUCGCCUCAGAAUCAUGGUCCUCUGAUUCGCCGUCGUCAAACUCAUCAUCUGGGAUAUCAGAUUCUUCAGAUACAAACUCUUCAAAAGAAUCCAUAUCUUCCUCUGACUCUAAUGUUUUCAUCACACUUUUCUUCACCCUUUCAGCCAUUGCUUCUUGUUCAGCCAUCAGACGCAUAGUUUUAGCGAUGCUAUCUCUUAAUUCUGUGUUAGCCAUUAGGGCAAGAUUCUCAUUGAUGGCUUUGACAAGAGUAGCCCUAUACUCUUUUUUCUUCUUGAUCGAACUCUCACGCAUCUUUAUUGCCUUUUUAAGAUCUUGCUUUUUCUGUCUGUAGAGAGGUUCAAAGAUGGUCUACUUAUAAUUCUUUCUCUUUUCCUCCACAAGUCGUUUCAACUCCUUGUCACUGUUCAAGCCAAUAUCAUCACAGUCAAAGAGUUUGCUCAAUACUCUGAAAGCAACAACAUCUCCGUCUAACUGUGGCAGAACGUUCAAUUCAGAAAGGCUUUCGAUCGCCUGUUCUCUCAUAUAUUGAA